GGUCUCUGAACUCUCCUUGUCAAUGAACAGUGUUGUCUAUUGAUCUGCUCACUGCACCAAAUGUCUCGUCAGUCCGCGCGCACAACGGACUCAAAGCGCAUCACAGCAGAACUGUUCACUUUGACCUAUGGGUCUUUAGUCGCAACAAUUGUCAAGGAUUUUGAGACCGAUGCGGAAAUCAACGACCAACUGGAUAAAAUUGGUUUCAACAUCGGUUUACGCAUUGUUGAAGAUUAUCUCGCCAGAGGCAAUUCAGGUCGGUGUGCAGAUAUGAAAGAAAUUUCCGCCGCUUUGGUCAAAGGUUUCAAGCUUUUUCUUGGUAUUACUCCAACUGUGAGCAAGUUCAGUGCAUCCGGUGACGAAUUCUCCCUGAUGCUUGAUCCGAAUCCGCUGACGGAAUUUGUAGAUCUGCCUCCAGAACACCCUAAGCUACUUUAUUCCAACAUUCUUGCAGGUGCCAUUCGAGGAGCGCUACAUAAUGUUCAAGUUGAGGUAGACGCACGCUUUGUGCAAGACCAGUUGCGUGGUGACCAAACUAAUGAAAUCCGCGUGAGGUUCAUCAGAAGAAUCGAUGAAGUCGUCGCUGGUGAAGACUAACCGAGUGCAGUGGCUUGCUCUCUAAUCUUUCUCCGAAUACAUAUUUUUGUCUUGC